CCCCGUGCUAUAUAUAUACGCCGUGCGGCGAUGCAAACUGGGCUGAGCAAAGGCGGUGGGGCUCGGAGUAGGAGGUAGGGAAGGCAGGGUAGGCAGGGUGAGCGAGUGGUAGCCUGUGUUGCCGGGCGGCGGCGGCGGCGGGGGAGAUUAGGAUUUUUUUCCCCCGGGGGGAUUGAGUGCAAAUUUCCUCCUCUCCUUCAUUUUUGCCCCCCUAAAUCUUGCCCCUUUUGCAAAGCCCGGAGAUCGUGUGCACGCCGAGGUCCGGUCAGCGAGCGCCGCUGCCUCGCCUCUUGCCGGCUGGCACUGCGGGUGGGAGCUGCCGAGCCCCGGCGCUGCCCGAGCGGGCUAUCUCUGCCUGCCUUUGCGCCAUGAAGGCGGUGAGUCCCGUCCGACACCCGAGCAGGAAGGCGCUGUCUGGAGGCUGCUGUUGCGGCGGCGGCGGCGGCGGCGGCGGCGAGCUGGCUCUGCGUUGCCUGGCCGAGCACGGCUGCUACAAGGGCGGCGAGGAGGAGGCGGCGGCGGCGGCGGCGGCGCUGUGCCUCCAGUGCGACAUGAAUGACUGCUACAGCCGCCUCAGGAAGCUGGUGCCCACCAUCCCGCCCAACAAGCGGGUCAGCAAAGUGGAGAUCCUGCAGCACGUCAUCGACUACAUCCUCGACCUCCAGCUGGCCCUCGAGACGCACCCGGCGCUGCUCCGGCAGCAGCAGCAGCAGCCGCCGCCCCCGCUGCACCCGGCCGGGCCUCCCCGGACCCCGCUCACGGCGCUCAACGCGGCUGACCCGGCUGUUGCUGUCAAUAAGCAAGGGGACAGUAUUCUGUGCCGCUGAACUGCACUUUCAAGGUGUGCAGCAGGCAGAUCCUGAGCCAGAGAAGCAGAAAGAAAGACACAUUAGGAAGGGUGGGAGGGAGAGAAAGAAAGAUCAGCCACUGGGCAAAAGGAAAAAAAAGCAUUCGACUUCUCCAGAAUUCUUUCCAUACUUCUUUUAGCGAGUGAGAGAGAAUUUUUCACGACUUUGCACGUUCAUAACAUUUUACACGCGCAUCUCUUUUUUGUUUGUUUGUUUGAAAUCAGAUGUGAACUGUAUACUUGUCUUGGAGGGUGGGGGUUGAAAUCUUUGGCAUAAGUAUGGCUCUUCUGUUGGACGGAAGAUCAAGGGCAAAUUGGGAGUUUUUAGAAGUCUAAUGGGCUGAACAGCUGAAAUCUGAAGCUUUACUAAUCUACCAGAGGCACUGUAGAUAACUUUUUUUCGAUUUGUUGACAUCUAUUGUUUAAAAUAGAUGGUUUUAUUGUUUCCUUUGGGGACUUUAUGCUCCCUGCAGGAAUGUUACAUAUUGUAUAGAAUACAAAAAGAAAAAAAAGGGAAGAAAAAUGAGUGACAUUUCAUACUAUGUAUAUAGAGAGGUUCUAUACGUGUGAGAAAAGUAUAUGCUUUAAUAGACUACUGUAAUUAUAAAAUAUUUUAAUUAAAUAUUUUUUGUAAAUAUUA